GGGAGAGGGAGACAGAGAGACGGAGAGACAAAGAGAGACAGAGACAGAGAGAGACAGAGACAGGAGACAGGAGAGAGAGAACUGUGUCUGGCAUGCAGAGUGAAGGCUGUUCAGGGACUGCUGGCAGAUUCCCUGGCCUGCUGAGGAGUGGAAAGAUAGGAGGAGGUGCACUUGUGUGUCAAGGUGAGGGGUGGAACAUUGUAUUGACCUUGGUGGAAGGAACAGGGAGGCCUCUGGGUAAGAAGGAUACCUCUUGUACAUUUCUGCCUUUGUUGUUGUUAUCUUGUAGCUUUGCUUCCCAUGGUACUGUGGGGUAUUAAAAGGCUGUGAAAAAUAAACUUGAGAUUGCUUGGUGCUGUGGUAUUGACCGGCAGUUCUCCCAAGUCUAUUUCUUGGCUCUGCAUCGUUUUUCUGCCUUUCCUAUCUUUUAUCCUCGCUCCCCCAUGAGAGACUUACUCUGGGCACAACUCAGGAGUUGCUGCUUUGUGAUCUGUGUUGUAUGUAUUUUAAGCACUCUGUAGUAUAGACAGCCUGGUAGGGAAUGUAGAGUCUGUAUUGUUUGGAACCUGAUCAGGAAUUGAGCCCUCUCUUUGAAUCUCAUGUUGACUUCCCACCAAUGUCCUGCUAAUCUUUAUUUCUGCCCGACUCUCUGAAAAUAUAUUUCUGAGGGAUACAGAUGGGAGAUGCAAGAGUUCCUAAUACAUCUGCUCUGUCUGUUCUAUUGCUCUAGUCUUUCUCUAGGACGGACUUCCAUCAAAAUGAAAUGUAUCCAUCAAUCUCCUAAUUAUUGUAAGAAUAUGUAGCUAUUGUGAAUGGAUAAGAGUGUUCCUGCCUCAGGUCAGACAUUAUUUACAUUUCUUCCCUAUAGAAAGUGAAUUUUUCAAGUCUCUAAUUCCCCUGAAAUAUUUGCUGUUAAUUGUAUUGGCUAAAAUCCUUACUAAAUGGUAUCCUGUUUACAGGUCCACUGACAACAGCGUCUCUCCAGAGAUUGUACUCAAACCAGCUGACGCUUGCCCGUGCGGAAUGGAGGAAGCCAGGGCUGGGCAACAUAGGGACUGAUCCUCGCAGUUAAUUCACCAUUGUGAACAUGCUGUGUUUUUCUCAUAGAAAGUUGUUUUCAUCUUUGCUCUGCUCUGGGCUCUUUCUAUUCUCUACAUUGUUGAUUUUCUCAUGUACUUGCUGAUCCUGUGAUUAAAAGGACAGGAUCCUUCUCCACUAGCUGAAAAGGUUUCCAGACAUUUCCAUUUCUUUUCCCUUGAGAAACUUCUAUUCACCAAACUGCUUCAUUCUGCCGGUGUAUUGGAGAGGAAAUGCUAUCCUUCUGGGAUGUAGCCAUUGACUUCUCUCCAGAGGAGUGGGAAUGCCUGGAGCCUGCUCAGUGGGAUCUGUACAGGGAUGUGAUGUUGGAGAAUUACAGCCACCUUGUGUUCCUGGGUCUUGCUGUCUCUAAGCCAUUCCUGGUGACGUUUCUGGAGCAAACACAAGGGCCUUGGGACGUGAAGAGACAAGCAGCAGCCACUGUGCACCCAGGAAUAAUACCCAGUGAUCCUAACAAUUACAACAAGUCCAAGGAUUGUAAAUCACUCCUUAGUAAACAACAAACCAUUCGUAUAGGGGAGAAACCCUACAAGUGUGUAGAAUGUGGUAAGGCCCUUGGUUCUUAUAAAACACUUUCUAUACACCAGAGACUUCAUACUGGAGACAAACCCUACAAGUGUGAAGAGUGUCAUAAGGCCUUUAGUACUCGCUCAUCACUUUUUAUUCACAUGAAAAAUCAUACUGAUGAAAAAACCUACAAGUGUGAAGAAUGUGGCAAAUCAUUUUACUAUCCUUCAAUGCUGAAGCAACAUCAGAGAAUUCAUUCUGAAGAGAAACCCUACAAGUGUGAAGAUUGUGGCAAAGCUUUUUAUGAACCUUCAUUCCUUAAAAGUCAUGAAAGAAGUCAUCGUGGGAAGAGAUGCUAUAAGUGUGAAGAAUGUGGAAAAUCCUUUUGCUUUCCCUCAUUCCUUAAGAAACAUCAAAGAAUUCAUUGUAGAAAAAAUGGCCACCAGCAUAAAGAAUGGGUCAAAAGAUUUUCCUCUCCUCUAUACCUUCAGGAACAUAAACAAAUCUGUACUCGAAUGAAUCUCUACAAGUGUGGAGAAUGUUAUAAAGCCUUUACUUGUCACUCAGCCCUUAGAAGACACCAGACAGUUCAUACUGGAGAGAAACCGUACAAGUGUAAAGUAUGUGGGAAAUGUUUUUCCUUACCUUACACCCUUAAAACACAUCAACUAUUUCACUCUGAUAACAACCCCUACAAGUGUGUAGAGUGUGGCAAAUGUUUUUCCUCAUCUUCCUGCCUUAGAAAACAUCAAACAAUUCACUCUGAAGACAAACCCUACAAGUGUGAAGACUGUGGCAAAUGUUUCUCCACAUCUUUAUACCUUAGACGACAUCAAAUAUCGCAUUCUGAAGACAAUCCCUAUAAGUGUGAAGAAUGUGGCAAAAGGUUUUCAUGGUCUGAAAGUCUUCAGGAACAUCGGACAAUUCAUACUGGAGAGAAACCGUACAAGUGUGAAAAUUGUCACAAAGUCUUUCGUUAUCGCUCAUCCCUGAGGAGACAUAAGACAGUUCAUACUAGAGAGAAAUCCUACAAGUGUGAAAAGGGUCCUAUGUGUUUUUCCUCAUCCUCAUACCUUGUACAACAUCAAGCAAUUCACUCUGAAGACAAUUCACACCAGAAUGUGGGAUGUGGCAAUGCCAUUGCUAAUGUUAAUGGCCUUACUGAAAACAUGACAGUUCACACUGGAGAAAAAGCUUACAAGUGUAUAGUGUGUGGGAAAUGUUUUUCCUCACCUUCUUCCCUUAAAAGACAUCAAACACUUCACUCUGAAGACAACCCCUAUAAGUGUGAAGAAUGUGGCAGAUGUUUCCCCUCAUCUUCAUACCUUAGACGACAUCAAAUGUCCCAUUCUGAAGAUAAUCCCUAUAAGUGUGAAGAAUGUGGCAAAAGGUUUUCAUGUUCUGAAACUCUUCAGGAACAUCGAACAAUUCAUACUGGAGAGAAACCAUACAAGUGUGAAAAUUGUCACAAAGUCUUUCGUUAUCGCUCAUCCCUGAGUAGACAUAAGACAGUUCAUACUAGAGAGAAAUUCUACAAGUGUGAAACGGGUCCUAAGUGUUUUUCCUCAUCCUCAUAUCUUGUGCAACAUCAAGCAAUUCACUCUGAAGAGAAUUCAAACCAGAAUGUGGGAUGUGGCAAUGUCAUUGCUAAUGUUAAUGGCCCUACUGAAAACAUGACAGUUCAUACUGGAGAGAAACCUUACAAGUGUAUAGUGUGUGGGAAAUGUUUUUCCUCAUAUUCCUUCCUCAAAAGACAUCAAACACUUCACUCUGAAGACAACCCCUAUAAGUGUGAAGAAUGUGGCAGAUUUUUCCCCUCAUCUUCAUACCUUAGGCAACAUCAAAUAUCCCAUUCUGAAGACAAUCCCUAUAAGUGUGAAGAAUGUGGCAAAAGGUUUUCAUGGUCUGAAAGUCUUCGGGAACAUCGGACAAUUCAUACUGGAGAGAAACCAUACAAGUGUGAAAAUUGUCACAAAGUCUUUCGUCAUCGCUCUUCCCUGAGGAAACAUAAGACAGUUCAUACUAGAGAGAAAUCCUACAAGUAUGAAAAGGGUCCUAAGUGUUUUUCCUCAUCCUCAUACCUUGUACAACAUCAAGCAAUUCACUCUGAAGACAAUUCACACCAGAAUGUGGGAUGUGGCAAUGCCAUUGCUAAUGUUAAUGGCCCUACUGAAAACAUGACAGUUCAUACUGGAGAGAAACCUUACAAGUGUAUAGUGUGUGGGAAAUGUUUUUCCUCACCUUCUUCCCUUAAAAGACAUCUAACACUUCACUCUGAAGACAAACCCUACAAGUGUGAAGAUUGUGGCAAAUGUUUCCCCUCAUCUUUAUACCUUAGGCGACAUCAAAUAUCCCAUUCUGAAGACAGUCCCUAUAAGUGUGAAGAAUGUGGCAAAAGGUUUUCAUGUUCUAAAACUCUUCAGGAACAUCGAACAAUUCAUACUGGAGAGAAACCAUACAAGUGUGAAAAUUGUCACAAAGUCUUUCAUUAUCGCUCAUCCCUGAGGAGACAUAAGACAGUUCAUACUAGAGAAAAAUCCUACAAGUGUGGAAAGGGUCCUAAGUGUUUUUCCUCAUCCUCAUACCUUGUACAACAUCAAGCAAUUCACUCUGAAGACAAUGCACACCAGAAUGUGGGAUGUGGCAAUGCCAUUGGUAAUGUUAAUGGCCUUACUGAAAACAUGACAGUUCACACUGGAGAGAAAUCUCUCAAAAGUCUUAUGUUGCAGGAUUUUCCCAGUCCAGUUCCAUUAGGGCAGCAGGAGGCCUGUGAUUGGACAGGGAAAAAGGAGGCAGAGCUAAAAGUUGCAGAGACAGGGAUUAUCUCAGAAAAGGAGGAAGGCCAGCAUGGGGGCAGACAUGACCUGCUUGGCUUUAAGCAGCUAUAAGUAGUUAUCAUAUCAUAGAGUUAGAAUAAUUGGGAUAAAACUUUUAUCGUUAUCAAUUGGUUCUGCGAUUAAUGUAUUGGCCUCUUGUAUACUGUAAUUUAUUAAUACAUAAAUCUAAUUGGUUAAUUAUAA